CGCUUCAGUGAAAUGGAAUGUCAGCCCUGGCGCGCCCUCAAUUUGAAUCUUGACGUGCGCCAUGACGCAGCCUGCGCAGAUUAUCAGUUGCUCUGUGGAUUUGUUGCUCUCGCCUGGAAAAGCUGGUUAGCAAACUGAUUCAGGCACAGGCACAGGCCCUACGAAUACUUCCUGCGUUAUCACUCAAACUUGGUGACAUAUCUGUGUGCCGGGCGUUAGCGUUUUGGCUUCAGAUGUCUUCUUAAUCGCAGGUCAGGUCUGCGCCGGUGCUGGUGUUGCUGUUGCCUGGUCUUGCCUGGCGAUGACGCAGCAAGAGCAGCAAGAGUUUGGGGAGAGCGUGGAGGGCGCGCAGGCCUGGAUGCAGGCUGUGCAGGAGAGGCUCCGGGUCAACGACAACACCCAGGGGCCCCGAGCGGCAUUGGAAUCCAGGCUCCGGGAGACAGAGAGCAUCCACGAGUCGCAGCAUGAGGGCCGUCUGAAGAUGGAGCGUGCUCUGGUAGCCGCCGAGGUUCUACUGGAGAACGGAGACGAGGAGACCAAACAGCAGACGCACGCCACGCUCCGGGACCUCAAAGCACUCUGGGAAGAGACCAGCACAUACAUCAUCCACUGUCACAGCCGUAUCGAGUGGGUGUGGCUGCACUGGAACGAGUACCUGAAGGCUCUGGAGGAGUUUGAGGCGUGGCAGGCCAAGCUGCAGCGCCACCUGGAGACCGAGCCGGAACUGCAGGCCGGCGUACGCGGAAAGCUGUGGCAGGUGGACCAUGCGCAGGUGGCCUUGUGUGACGUGCAGGCGCAGGAGACGCUGGUGGAGAGGCUUCUGGACGAGGCGGCGGCGCUCCAUAACCGCACCGACGACCCCAGCGUAGACCCAGAGAGGCAGGAGACGCUGCAGGAUGCAUAUAAUGACAUACGCGACAAGGCAGAGGAGCGGUUGCUGCUGCUACAGAGGAUAGCGGAGGAGCACCAGCUCUACCAGGAGUGUGUGAAUAAGUUCCAAACAUGGCUGGCCUCCAAAGCACAGGAGGUGCACCUCUUCAACGAACACACACACAGCAAUGAGGACAAGCUGCAGCUACUUCAGGGCCUGGAGUCGAGCAUCGCCAACGAGGAGGCCACGCUGCGGCACAUCGAGGGCCUGGCGGAGGCGGUGAGGUGCAACACCUCCCCUCCGGGGGCGGAGGAGCUGACCCAGGAGAUGCAGGAGCUGCGGGCCGCCUGGGAGCGCCUCCGGCUGGGGCUGCGCGAGGCAUGCGGGGGCCUACAGGCCUCCCUGGACUCAGGCGGCCAAUACGCGGCCCAGUGCGAGCAGCUGAGAGCGGGCAUCGCUGAGCUGCGGACCUUGGUGCAGCGUCUGGCCCGGGACCUGGAGGGCCGAGAGGGGGACCGGGACGGGGAGCGCAGCGAGGAGCAGCUGGUCGCACAGUGGAGGAGGUGCACGGGUGUGAGGAACGCUCUGAUAGAUGAGGAGGGGCGUGCGGAGCGGCUGAAAGAGAGACUGAAGGAGCUGUUCCACUUCCCCCGGGACUGCAAACCCCUCUCUGACGAGCUCCUGGCAGCCGUCAAGGAGUACCAGAGUUUGAAAGGCCGUGCGUUCCGGCUGUCGUCGGAGAGCGAGACGUGUCUGCGUCAGGUCCUCCAGGAUCCCCUGCACGGCUUCAGCCAGUGGAGCCAGAGCGUCUCCCAGGUUCUGGAAACAUCCGCAGAGGUGUCCGAGUUCUCGCAUAUUGCCCUGUUGGUGCAGAAUAUUGAGAAGUUGCUGAAGCAGAGCGUGGUGCUUCAGGAGCGCCUGAGUCAGCUGCAGGUGAAGAGUGACCUGCUGGGCUGUGUGUUCGGGCCUGAGAGUGCCGAGGGCCUCCUGGCAGAACUGCAGGGCAACAUCAGGCGCCGAGAGCUGCUGCACGGACAACUCAUGCAGAGGAAGAGCCGACUACAGGGCUUAAUAUCGCGAACCAAGGACUUUGGGGACACGUACGAGUCCAUCCGUAAGAAGCUGGCCGUCAUCAACGAGCAGUACCAGGCCGCCAGUACACUACAGCCAGACAUCCUGGCCAAGAAGAGCCAGUGCGACCAGCUCAGGGUGCUCAAGAGGGACCUGGAGGAUUGUGAGGCUCACAUCACGGCGCUCGAGACCUUGGUGGCUUCCAGCCCCAACAACAGAGCCAAGUUUGAGUGCCUGUAUGCUGAAUGGAAAAUACUCUACAAGUCUGUCAGGGUGAGGGUGAACGAGUGUGAGGAGAACGUAGUGGAACAUGAGGAGUUCCACGACUGCCUGCUGAAUGUGGAGAGGUGGCUGACGGUCACGCGGCAGAAGCUGGAAUGGUUCCGCAGCCCCGAUGGAGAGUGGACCCUGGAGAACCGCCAUCAAGAAGCUGAGAGGGUGCUGGGGGAGUUCCCUGAGAAGGAGCAGCAUCUGCAGCAGACGGAGCAGCAGGGGCAGGCGGUGCUGGCCAAGACAUCGGAGGAGGGCAGAGUUCACAUCAUACGCGACCUCAAGCGCAUCGCAGACUCCUGGAAGGCCCUGCAAGCCCUCAGCCUCAAUCUGCUCAGGCUCCUGAAUGAACAGGGUCCAUCAAGGCCAUUGCAGGGCAAAGGUCACUCAGCGGACGAUACCCUUGGGGUCAGGGGUCAGGGCGGUGGGGAGAGCGCAAGGGGUCCUCGCCGCUGCCUCUGGGCCUACGAUGGCACCGGCAGCCGAGACGACCUUGAUCUGGAACAUGAACUGUCCUUGGGCCUCGUGUCACUGGAUCACCCAGGAAGCACAGGACUCCGGAGAGUCAGUGGGACCCAGGCCUUAAACCUCGUCCACACCAAUGGCAGGAGCUCCAGCGGAGGAAGCCUGCGCAUCCACAACAGCCAGAGCACGGAGGAGCUGGAGCCCGAGCACGAUGCCCUGGGGCUGGGUGGAGGUGGCCUGGGCCUGGGGCUGGGGCUGACCCUGGGGAGGGUGGCCCAGCGUGGAGGGUCCGCCGUGGGAUGUGGUGGCGGCGACUCCAGGGCCAGCCGGAGGACGGGGCAGUGGGUGGCGGAGCACGCCUCCGUGUCCAUCAGCCCGUCUGGUGUGGAGGAUCUGCAUCUGGAGGUGGAGGGUUACACGCCAGAGCUGGAUGUGAACAGGCGGCGUAGUGAGGAGGGAUACACGCCGGAGCUGAGUGUGAGCCGGCUGAGUGGGGAGGAGCGGGGGGGCAGUAGAGUUGACGGGUCGUCACCCACGGGUUCCACCAGCAGGGCGGGGGUGAGGAGGAGAGACACAGUCACCACCACCGCCAGCGAGGACGCCUCUGGGGGAAGACGCUCCAGCGCAAGAGCCACUCCCAUUAAGGUGGUCCCGGGGGCAGGCGUGUCGGAGUCGGAGGAGCGGCGGCGGGACUUUGACCUGUGGCUACAGAGACAGAGUGCUAAGCUCUCGGCUCUCCUCAGCAGCCAGCGGCCCAUCACCACCAAGGAGCUCAAGAUCAGAGAGAAUACUCUCAAGGGCAUGCAGGCGCGGGUCCCCUGGGGCCAGGGCCAGUUUCAGCAGCUGCUGGAGGCCAGAGGGGCAGGGGCCGGGGCUUGGGCCCGAGGAGCAGGGGCAGGGGCAGGGGCUGGAUUGGGCACGGAGGGGGAGGAUGGGGAGAUGGAGGACCUGCGGUACCGCUGGAUGCUCUACAAGUCCAAACUGAAGGACGUGGGAGACCUUCGCCAGCGCCUCAGGGAUCUGGGCACUCAGAGGGCGGAGCUGGUUCGCGCUGGAAAAGAGGAGAGUUGCUGUGGCUUCCUGUACCGCGUGUGUCGCGUGGCGCUGCCCGUCCAGCUGCUGCUCCUGGCCCUGCUGCUCCUGGCCUUCCUCCUGCCCAUGAUGGACGAGGGACACAGCUGCUCGCUCUCCAACAACUUUGCACGCUCCUUCAACAUCAUGCUGCGCUACGACGGACCACCGCCCACAUAGACACACCUUUACACACACAAACAUUGACGCAGUUAAACACACCAGAGAGAGGGAGAGAUAGUUCAACCAUGCCCACGCAUUCAACAUCAUACUGUGCUACCACACACCACAUCACCACUGUCAUAGACCAACCUAUAGACAUGCAUU